AUGGCAGCAAAGAAGGACGGCGAGAAGGAGGCCAAGCUCACUCCUGAGCAGCAAGCCGCGCUCGUUCUCGACUAUCUCCGCAAAGAGAAUCGGCCCUACAGUGCAACCGACAUCAGCUCCAAUCUGAAGAAUCGAGUCACCAAGGCCGCGGCAGCCAAACUACUCAAAGACUUGCAUGAGCGAGGGGAGAUCGAAGGCAGAGCAGCCGGCAAGCAGCAAGUCUACCAUGCCUUGCAGGAAGAGCCAGAGGAGGACUUGAUCGAGCAGCUACAACAAAUGGAAGAAGACACCAAGCGUAUCAGAAAAGAGACCAUCGCCCUGAAAUCGGAAGAGAAGGAGCUUCGCCAAUUGCUCAAGCAAGGAGCUGACAUUGUCCCACUGCCCGAGCUCAAGUCCAACAUUGCUGAGAUGGAGAAGCAGAAGCUCGAGAAAGAGGCCCGUCUGAAGAAACUGGAGAGCGGCAACGUGAAGCCAGUGAGUGCUGCAGACCGUACGAGGGUCGACAAGGCACAUCGCCGGGUCAAGAAGGCCGCCGAUGCUCGCAAGAAGAUUCGCAAGGAGAUGUGGAAGGAGAUUGAGCAGUACCUGGAGAAUGCUGAGCAGAAGCAGGAGACGAAGGAGAGCUUGGACUUGGACCUUUGA